AUGUCUCAAGAUAUAAGAUCUUAUUUUCUUAAUUCUAAGCAAAGUUUAGAAAAAAAAAUCACAAAAAAUGAACGGUGUGAAGAGAAUGUUAUUUCCGACUAUGAAGAGAUACAUAAUAAUCUUAUUAAAAAUAAAAUUAAAGAAAAGAAACAUGAUAUUAAAUCACAUUUUAAAAAACGUACAAUAUCUUCGGAUGAAGAUGAGACUGAUGUUUUUAAUAAGAAAAAGAAAAAAGUUCAAACUGAGAGUUUGUGCUCGAAAAAUUUAGAAGAAUUUUUAGAUACAAGUGACAUAUCUGAAGAAUUUCUUAAUAAGCAACCUGUGAAAAGAUUAAACGCAGUUAAAAUUAAUAAAUAUCGUAAGAAAGUAAAUAAAAUGCCUACAUUAAAAUGUCGAGCUGAUUUUAUUAGCAAAUAUGAUGAUUUUGAUGCUACUUUGAACCAAUUAGACACGUCACAAAUUGAAGAUGAAUAUUUGUCUACUAUUAAAAGUGAAUCAUGUUUAAAAUUUGGAAAAAAAAAUUGUGAAUGUUUAAACUGUAAGAAUGGUUCUUGUAGUAAUUAUCAAAUCAAUGAAAACAAUAAAGAAAAAAAGAUAUUAAAUUUUAACGAAAAAAUAUCAGAUAUUUAUUAUAAUGAUAUUGUUAAAAAAAAGGUUGAACAGAAAAUACAUAAUUCCAUUUUGUAUCGUAAUUAUCUUAAUCGAGGUGGAGCUAAAAAUCCAGGUUCAAAGGAAAUACCACAAGGAGCUGAUCAAUGCCUUGUUAAUCUUAAUUUUUUGAUUACAGGAGUUUUAGAGUCAUUGGAACGUAAUGAAGCAGAAAAAAUUAUAAAGCAGUAUGGUGGCAAGAUUUUACAUUCGGUAUCAAAGAAACUUAAUUAUAUCAUCAUAGGAGAUGAACCUGGACCUUCUAAAUUAGCAAAGGCAGAAAGUCUUGGAAUUAAAAAAAUAACUGAAGAUGAUUUAUUAGAUUUAAUACGUACAAGACCAUUAGGUUUAGAAACCAUACAAUUGUCUAUCAAUUCUGUUGAUAAAACAAAGGAUAAAAAAUUAUGCUCUUCAAAUUGUAGUGAAAAUGAAAAUAAUACAGACAUAAAAAAUAAAAAAAAUUUGUCUCUAAAAAAUACUAUUGGAAAUGUUAAAACAUUAGAAGUAAAUGUAGAUUGUUUAAUAUCAAAUUGUAUUCUUGAAAGGUCUGAAAAACCUAUAAAAACUAAAAAUUUGUCUCCCAAAGAUGAAUCCAAUACAAUUGCUAUAUCCACAAAAUGUUUUGAAGUUGAAACUGAAGUAAAGAAGGAAGAAUUAUUGAGACAAUAUAGAAUAAAUAAAAGUAAUAAAAUGGAAAUAGAAAAUAAAAAUGUAAUUGAUUUACCUCUAAUCAGUCAGAAAUUUAUAAACACACAAGAAUCUAAUCUUAAUUAUAUAACAGCAUUAGUGGAAAAAUAUAGACCUAAAGAAUUAAAACAAAUAAUUGGUCAAAAUAGUGAAAAAAGUAAUGCAAAAAAAUUACUAUAUUGGCUUACAAACUGGAAUAAAAACUAUGUUAAAAAUUCUAAAACUUCUAAACUUAAAUAUUCAUCACAAGAUGACAUGGGAAAAAUUUAUAAAGCAGUUCUUUUAUCAGGACCACCUGGUAUUGGUAAAACAACUACUGCAUAUGUUGUUUGUGCUCAGCUUGGUUAUGAAAUAUUAGAAUUUAAUGCUUCAAAUACAAGAAGUAAAAAACUUUUACAAGAAGAAAUUUCUGCUAUUUUAUUCAAUAAAACUAUAAAAACCUAUUUUAAAAAUACUUCAAAAAAAAAUGAAAUAAUUCCGAAACAUGUAUUGCUUAUGGAUGAAGUAGAUGGAAUGGCAGGAAAUGAAGAUUAUGGGGGAAUACAAGAGCUAAUAGCUUUAAUAAAAUCUACAGAAGUUCCUAUCAUUUGUAUAUGCAAUGAACGAAAUAAUCAGAAAAUGAAAACAUUAGCUAAUUAUACAUUUGAUUUACGUUUUCAAAAACCAAGAUUAGAACAAAUUCGAGCUGCAAUGAUGUCACUUUGUUUCAAAGAAAGUAUUAAAGUUAAGCCAGAAGAAUUGACUCUCAUAAUUCAAUCAACGAAUCAAGAUAUACGUCAAGUUAUUAAUCAUAUAGCGAUAUUAUCAGUAAAUACUCAAAUAGUAAAUGAAAAUACAGAAAAAACUAAAUAUAAAAAUUUGAAACUGGGUCCAUGGGAUAUAGUUCGUAAAACAUUUAGUUCAGAAGAACAUAAAAUAAUGAGCAUUCAUGAUAAAAGUGAUCUAUUUUUCCAUGAUUAUAAUAUUGCAGCACUUUUUGUCGAAGAAAAUUAUUUAAUUGUAACACCAAAUGGCUCUAAAAAACAACUACAUGAAAAAUUAGCAAAUUGUACUGAAAGUUUAGCAAUUGGAGAUACAAUUGAAAAUAAUAUUAAAGUUAAUCAAACUUGGAAUUUACUGCCAGUUCAAGCUUGCUUUUCUUCAGUUAUACCAGGAUCAAUAAUGUCAGGGUUUUUUAAUAGACAAAUAAAUUUUCCUAGUUGGUUUGGAAAAAAUUCUAAACGAGUAAAAUAUGAUAGACUAUUACAAGAUAUUACAAUUCGUACUCGUAAAAUUACAGGAGCAAGUAAAGAAGCAAUCAAUCUUGAUUAUUUGAAAAUGUUAGUUGAUUCCAUUAUUAGACCUAUGAUUAUUGAAGGAAUAGAAGGUGUUUAUCAAGCCGUCAAUAUUAUGAAUAAAUAUAAUUUAACAAAAGAAAAUUUAGAUUCACUAAUAGAGCUUACUAAAUGGCCACAUACAAAGGAUCCAAUGCAGUAUAUCGACAGUAAAACAAAAUCUGCAUUUACAAAAAUGUAUAAUAAAAGCACUUUAUUUUAUAGUUCACAUAAAAUAAAAAAAAAAAGUGUUCCUGAUGAUUUAACUGAAGACUAUUUUAAAAGUGAUGAAGAAGUUUCAGAUGAUACUGAUGAUAAAAUUGAAAAUGAUAAACUUGUUAAAACCAAAAUAACGAAGACUAAGAAUAUUAAAUCUAAUCGUAAAACCAAAACUAAAAAUACUAAAAAAUAUUAA